AUGUCAUCUUGUUAUGUAAUGCUUACAAUGUUCAUAUUGGUGCCUAAUGCUGGAAAUGGUUUGGAUCUGGAGAAAUACUCUUGGACGCAAACACUUCAAGAAGUCACUAUUAAUAUUCCAGUCCCUCCUGAAACCAAAUCAAGAUUUGUAGCAUAUGAGUUGUAGAAAAAUAAUCUGAAAGUCGGGCUAAAAGGACAGCCUCCUGUAAUUAAUGGGGAACUAUAUCAAUCUGUCAGAGUUGAUGAUUGCUUCUGGAACAUAGAGGAUGGGAAGGCCAUUUCUAUACUGUUGACCAAGCAAAAUCAAAUGGAGUGGUGGAAGUGUUUGGUGAAAGAUAAUCCUGAAAUUGAUACUCAGAAAGUUGAACAGUCUAGCAAAUUGUCUGAUUUGGAUCCAAAGACUCGACAAACCGUGGAAAAAAUGAUGGACUGCAAACAACUAAUUGCUAUUAUCAAAGAAGGAAAUGGAUCAAGAAAGGAUUUUUACCUGCUUGUAGCUUCCCCCGUUUCCAGGGAUGAACAGAACAGGAACUGGUGA